CCUGAGACCGGUGGGUGGACCCGGUCUGGUCAUUGCCGACUUCAUAGGGACUUCGCUCCUCUCGGCUGGAAGGGGCCCGACCGGAACCGUCCGGCUUCCCUCGGGCGCGGAAGCACGUCCUGCGGAGCUGACCUCUACGAGCGCCCAACCGCCUCACGCGCUGCCGCCGCCCCCGCCGUCCCGGUCGGCCCUACCGCGCGGCGUCUUCUCCGCCUCUGCACCAUGGCUCCGUCGAGGAAGGCCUCGAGCCGAACGACCAAGAAGAAUGCGGUCCGGGGCAGAAAGCUCGCCUCCUUCCUCAAGGACUUCGACCGUGAAGUACAAAUUAGAUCGAAGCAAAUACAGUCAGAUUCCCAGAACCUCAUCAAAGAAGUCGACAAUCUUUACAACAUUGAAAUCCUCCGGGUUCCCAAGGCUCUUAGAGAGAUGAAUUGGCUUGACUAUUUUGCUCUAGGAGGAAGCAAACAGGCCCUGGAAGAGGCAGCAACAGCUGACCUGGAUAUCAAAGAGAUAAAUAAGCUGACAGCUGAAGCUAUUCAGACACCCUUGAAAGCCGUCCAAGCAAAGAAAGCAGCAAAAGUUGCUGAGAUGAUUAGAGAAGAAGAAGAAAUUGAAAAUAUUAAUCCUCAGACUACAAAGGCAAAGAAGUGUCCAACAACCAAAAAGAAGACUCAGUCCAUUCGAGCAAAUGGCAGGAACAAAAGGUCAAACCAAAGCAGUCUUCUUACUCCAGCCAUGGGCAGAUCAGAUUUCUCCGUAUUAGGACCAGCUCCGGGCAUGACACCCAGGUUUGAUUCCAGAAUCUUCAAGACCCCAGGCCUACGCACCCCCGCAGCCAGAGAACGGAUUUACAACAUCUCUGUGAACGGCAGCCCCUUGGCUGAUAGCAAUGAAGUCUUCCUCACUGUGCCAGUGGGUGGAGGAGAGAGCAUGCGCUUACUGGCCAGUGAUUUACAGAAGAUGGAUCUGGCGCAUCUGGAUCCAGAGGCCUUGGGAAACAUUAAGAAGUUGUCUAAUCGACUUGCUCAGAUUUGUAGUAGCUUACGGACCCAAAAGUGAAGCAGCUGACAUUCUUCAAGAAGCCCGAGCCAGUCAUGAUGGGACUUAACGUGUGCAACUUUACCAUCUCCAAAGGAUCUCUUCGGGCUUUGUUCAUUUGGGUAUACAGUUUUUGUAAAGGGAUUGACUGACCUUUUGACUGGUGGGAUAGUAGAGAUCAUGGCAAUGCACAUGCCUUCUUAUCCCCCUUCUACCAAAACCCUCAGGGUAAAACGUUAAGGAACACUGCUAUGGCCACAGCCUCUCUCCACCUGCCAAGGCAGCUGGGCAACCUCUAGUCCUUCUUCACCAGCAGGGGCUAUUGCAACAAUGGGAUCCAUAAAGCCAUAUUGCUCCUCCUCACUAAGUCCUAUAUCCUGCUGUGGCCCAACAUCAUCCAGACUCCGGGAUCUCAAAGACGUUUCCUUGUUCUCCCUUUCCCUCAGGCAUUACCCAUGUGCCCCACACUGGGGCUGAGCAGCUAAACCUUGCAGUGGGAGCCAGUAUGACAAGAAUGGUGGCAGCACUUGACUGCUAGGGAGCCCUCCGGCUUGCCUCAAACUGGUUCCACUGUUUUGUUUAUUUUUAGGACUGCAAGUUCUUGGGGACUUAGAGCAGUGGCACCAUGUGCCACAAGAACAGGGCUUUGGCUGCAUGAGACAGGAAAUGACAGCAGCUGCAUCUUCCUAACGACCACUGCGACAGUAGCCCCUGUGUCCCCUCUUCCUCCUCUCUGCUGACCAUGUUUGGGGAGUUCUUUGUUUAUACCUAUCCUUGAAUAAAUUUUAAUGGUCACAAUCCUGUCUGGAUGGCACAGUCUAAAGUGAGCUUGGGAAUUGUUGGCUGGGCCUAGGCCUGAACCAGAUAGUGAAGUGGGUACCAGGGCCCUCUCUUGGAGUUCAGAAUGCAGAUGUGAGGAGACAAGCCCUGGCCCCCUCCGCUAUGAGUGUCUGUGAAGGCCACUCCUCAAGCCCAGCUCUCUCCAACAGCCUAAUCUGGUUUUUACUAGCUCCCAACUCUGAACUGGCUUUCCCCUUUUCUAGGUGUUGGAAGAGCAAGACCUGUGGGUUAGCUAUCCUGGGGGAGAGAAAUAAGAGCAACACUCCCUCUCCAGCUUCACGUUGCUUUGUCUUAGGCAUUUUUUCCAGCAGGUUUCCCAUUUUGAAUGCUUCUGGCAGUGUGGGCACACCUGAAGGUCAAAGGGGAAAAGUGCCCUGUGGCAGACCCUUAGCUGGCUAUUUACAGACUCUACACACAUGGAUUUGUCCAUCAGUGUGUGUUGGCACUGGAGACAAGUGGUUUCCAGCAUGUGCGGUGCUGUUUGAUGGAACAUAAAGGACCCCCAAGUGUUGUCUACUGCUCAUCAAAUCAUCAAAUAUUAAAGAAGUUAGAAGAAGGCUUCAGGCCUUCUAGGAUGGAUGAAGGAUGUUUGUGGAGGCCACUGACAGCUGUCCAGGAUAGCCAGAUAGACAUGAGUUUCAGUCUGCCAUGCUUAUGGAUACCUGGGAGAACUGAGGGACCCUGUUCGUAACCUGGAUACCCAUCUCAUUAACCUGCUGCAGUGUUCAUUGAGCAUCAACGUGGGAUCAUGGCAUCUUCUCACUGUGUGCACAAAAAGUACCAUUAGCACUUCCUCCUACCCCCCUUCCUCCAUCCUGGCUUCCUGCCCUUGGUGAGAAUAGCACUGCUCUCAUUUUCCCAGGCUCCAGUGUUGUCUUUUACUUUGCUUACUUUGCCUCGUUCUUUUAAACAGUCAACAAAUAUAAAGUGACUGUUCUGCCAAGCUCUGGGAAAGAUACCAAAUCUAAAUAAGAUGUGGUCCCUGCCCUCAGCUUUUCUAAUGGGGGGGGGGGGUGUACUCAUCUUUGUACUAGUGAUUGGUGUAAGGGCUAGGUGAAGUCAAAGGAAAUGCCAUUCCCCACUGAGAGGCAGGGUAGGUGAGGAGGAACACAUGCUCUCUCAAACUGACAGAUUCAGCAAAAGAACAACAAAAAGAAACCUACACAGGAAAAUUCUUGUAGGAAAACAGAUCAAAAAGCUGAGGAAGCAAAAAGGGGUCCGGUGUGAGGGGAAAGGUAGAGUCAAAGAGAAUUCCCUAGGAGGAAAGAACAAGAGUAAAAGAACAUGGCUAACAAUCAGCAUCAAAACCUGGAAAUGAACUAAGUGCUUGUGGAAUGUGAUGCUGCAGGAUAACAGGAAUUGUACAGAGUUGUGGAGGAAAGAAAGUAACAUCAGAUGCCUACUGUGCGCCAGGUACUGCUAGAAAGCAGAGCCAAGAGAACUACAAUGGUGGAAGCAGUGGGACAGAACCAGGAAAAGGUCAGCCACCUGAAAGGCAAUGACCAAUCUUGUCCUAGUUAUAGAAUGUCACAUAGUUUAUGUGGGCAAAUGAAAAAUAACUGGGAGAGGUUUUUAAAGCAAACAUUUUAUAUUUGAAUGAUUUUAUAUAUAUAUAUGUUAUGCUGACAGAAGGGAGCAGUCUUUGUGGAGUACCCUGGGCCACAACCCACUGCUGACCAGUGACAACAUGGAAUGUGCCAGGUGGACCAAACCAGAGUCACAUCUUCCUCUCACCCUGGUAGAUAUUGUCUAGGGCCAAGGCCCCAGGACAAGUAGUUCUCCAUGUAUUACAGGUCAUGCUUCCAGCCUGGUCCCCUGCAGCAUUGGGGAGGGGAGUCACUUGUAGAGGUAUGACCUUACAGUUGCCUCUGUGGUCACCACAGCCCUACCCCCCUGAGCCACUGCUAUUGAAGACCCUGAAAAGAAGUUUAUCAUCACCAAAGAUGCUGACACUUGUUAAAUGGUUCGAUACCUGGAGGCAGUUGAUGGUUCAGUGGAUAGAGCAAAAGUCAGGAAGACAUGGGUUCGAAUCCAGCCUCAGACACUAUCUCCUGGGUCCAGCAGGAGAUAUAAAAAAGAAGAACAUGAAGCAGAAGAAUUUAAGUCCUAAUAGGGACAGUUUCAGUAUCUCAGUGUCCUCAGUUUUAGAGUUGCCAAAAGACAAUUGUCCAGGGUCAUGAAACCAUUAUGCAUCAGAGGCAGAGUUUGACCCCAAAAGUGCCUCCGACUGACUGCCAGACAUUGAACCAGUCCUUCAGCUGGGUUCUUGACCCAUACCUGAAUGGGUCUCACUUAAGUUGCCCACCAGCCAUGGCUCCUAAUCAUAUUUUCCUGCCUUGCCCCCUUUGACUCUUGGAUCUUGGUACAUUACAAACAAGCAUUACUGGUUUACUGUCUAUCCAGUGGGUUCCAAUUGGCUUGUUCUACUUAAAAGAUCACUUUGAAAAAUGGAUAGAAGUACCUUUCACAGCCAGGGCAAGACAGGUAAUUUCUGUUAUGUGAAUUUGAAAAAUUUUGGCACAAAAUGUAGCUAGGAUAGCCAAAACCUGACUGGGUGAAACAUUUUUGCAUCAAUAUGUUGGAUAAGGGGAUCUAAUAACCAAGUUAUAAAGAGAAUUAAUAAAUAUAUAACCAAGAGUGAUUUUCCUGGGGAUGUGACUAAAAUAUGUCAACAAAGAGUGCUCAGGAUUGUAAACUUUUAGCUAUAUGACAGAUCGCUCCAAGUCCCUAAUAAUGAGAUGUAAAUUGAAUAAACAGAUCUUGUAUCUAGAAAUUGACAAUGAUAAAAGACAGGAACAGUCAUUUUGCAAAGGGUUUGGGAAGAUAGACAUGCUUAUCAGUGGAGCUGUGAAUUGGUUCAGCCAUUCUAGUAAGCAACUUGGAAUUAGGUAUAUUUUUUAAAUGAAUAAAAUUUUCACACUCUGACCCAGAAAUCCCAUUGUUAGCAAUAUACCCCCAAGGAGUCAAAGGAAAGAAAAGUCCCAAAUAUGCCAAAAUAUUCACAGCAAGUUUGGAGGCAGAGGGGGAAGCAAAGAAUUAGAAACAAAAUAGAUGUCCAUCAAUGGGAGAAUUAGCUAAGCAAACUGGUGAUGCAAUAUAUGGAAUACCAUAUAAGAUAAUGAAUAUAAAGAACUCAGAGAAAAAGGGAGAUAUGAAUUGAUACAGAGCAAAGUGAGAAAAAUACACAACAUGAUGAAAAUUAAAUGACCAGGUUUGGCCCUGGAGAAGAAUUAAGAAAAUGCAUUUCAGACUUAAGUGGACUGAUGCUGAGUGAAGUGAGCAGAACCAGGAGAACAUU